UAAACGGACGGACGCGGAUUGCUCCAUGCUUUUUCGCGAUUUAUCAGGUUCAGUAACGAAAUGUUUUCGCGCACGUAAUGUCUCGUAAAGCAUCGGACGAUUUGUCGUAAUAUCGCAUACGUAAAAUCGGUGUUGUACGUCCAUAUAUCGGGAUCCCAGCAUCAGAUUUCUCUGUGCCCGGAAUGAAUCGAAAUAUUCUCGUGUUUCUUCUCUCCGAAGCAUCGCGCGAUUGCGAUUAAUGCAUAAUCAUCAUCAGAUUGCGAUGUGGAACGAGAGGAAGAGAAGGAUACAUAGUGAGGCAAGUGUUUUUGUAUAUGUGUAUGCGCGUGUGUCGCGCAUGGCGGUCGCGCAGGUGACACGCUUGCGCAACGCCAGUGGUUCUCCGCGGCCGCGAGGCGAACCUCCGCCGGGCUACGUCAUUCGUCGCGUGUCCUCCGAGCGCGGCUGUCGCCGCUUUAGUAGCGCGUUCACUCGCGUACGCCCUUGGCGCGCCGCUCAGACCACGUGGUACACCUUUCAUAGUACGAUUCGAUUUUCGAUCGCGCGCGCGACUUUCGAGAUUAACUUCACACGGUACGUUCCUUCCUUCCCGCGUAUCGCGUUCGUUCGGCUUGAGAAACGCGUCUCGAGACAGAUAAAAUUAUACAGUGCGGAGUAUAAUCGGUUUCUCGUUGUAAUUCAUUCGAAUGUGAUAUUCGCGCGACAGUGACACGCCGGCUAUGAGGAGCCGCUAUUGAUUCCCCGGACACGCUCGCAAGUGCGUGUGUCAGUGCGGUUAUGUCCAGGAGGAAGCAAGCGAAGCCACGAUCUCUCAAACGGGACGAAGAGUGGGACGGCAACGAGCAGAAUGUCCUGGAGGCGGCCGAACAGGAUAACGAAACGACGGCGAUUAAGCAAGACGACGAAGAAGAAGAGGAAGAGGAAGAGUUGCAGCGGGCGUUCAGCCGUCAGUCAGCAGAAGAUUACUUGCAAGAUGGCAGGCCAACUUCCAUUCAAGGUCCUGAUCUGGAGAAUCAGAACAGUCUCGACAGCGAAGCCUUAGGAACCGGAAGUUCCUCGUGGCACAGCGAGGAUGGCGGGCCCAAUUCACGACGCGGCGGCGAGACACCGUCUUCCUGCGCCACUCCGACGUCAGCGAGUUUCCCGUCGGAGCCUGAGGUCGACGCCGACGUCAACCCCGACGGCACCAACCCUGCCGCGCCCUAUCCCUGCCAGUUCUGCGACAGGAAGUUUCCGCGUCUCAGCUAUCUGAAGAAGCACGAACAGAGUCACGGUGAUCAGAUGCCGUAUCAGUGCAGUUGGUGCAACAGACUGUUCAAGCACAAACGCAGUCGCGAUCGUCACGUGAAGCUGCACACCGGAGACAGGCGAUAUCGCUGCUCGAAAUGUGAGGCUGCCUUCUCUAGGAGCGAUCACCUGAAGAUUCACUUGAAAACGCACGACACCCAGAGGCCUUACCAAUGCACGGCUUGCACGAGAGGCUACAGUACAGCUGCGGCCUUGACAGCGCACAUGCAGUCCCACAAGAAACACCAGUCGUCGUCGUCAUCUCAAUCGGCCGGUCUCAAGCUCCAGGACAUGGACUACGGUAGAAGAAGCGUGUCCUCGCACAGCACGUCGUCGCCGCCGGUGCCGUCGUCGCCGUCGCCGUCGCUGAACCUCAGCCUGAACCCGAGGAACGUCCUGAAGACGUCACAAGGCACCGGCAGCGCCUCCACGACUCCGGUUCUCAGCUCACCCUUGAAACUCGCCUGCAUGUACUGCACCCGGGACUCGUUUAACUGCAUGCAGCAGCUGCAGAUGCACGUACACACGAUGCACCAGGCGAUCCUCAGCGGCGCGGAAGGUGCGGCUCGACCGCCGUCGCCGAGUAGAGCCUCCAACGAGCAGCAGGCGGCUGCCUGUAAACCACUGGACCGGCAGGAUCACGUUGCGAAGGAAUCCCGACUGGAUCGCAAGUACCCGACGUCCGAAGAUCGGGGCGACCGGCCCGCUGGCGAGCGGGACCAUUACGAGAACGCGUUCACCUGCAACCAAUGUACCAUGAAGUUCUCUACGUUGGCCUGUCUACGCGAUCAUUUGUUGUCGAUACACCGAAUAGACGGUUUCGGCGCAGCGAUGAUGAUGUGUCCCCUGUGCAGCAUUCCGUGCGCCUCGGCGGCUUCCUACGCCGAGCACUACGUUCUUCAGCAUUGUGAGAAUCGCCGGCCGGCGCCGACGCACGCUAUAGAUUACGGAGAAACGAAGCUGAACGGCGGCAUUUACGACGGUGCCGCGAGAGAUUCCCGGAUAUCGAAAAGCCGGGACGCGCCGGAAGCCGCCGAUCUCACGAACAAGCACUCGAGCAGAUCCUCCUCGGACGCUGUCGGCGGUUAUACCGCUAAUACUCUGCUGUGCGGUCAGUGCGGUGCCGCGUUAAAAGACUUUGAAUCCUUUCGGGAGCAUGUGGCGCGACACUUGCAAGCCGACCACCGUAACCAGGAGAUGUCCGCCAGGCAACAUCUGUGUCCCAAGUGCGAGGCCAUCUUCUCGGAGCGCGAGGACAUGCUGGCUCACCUGACCAAGCAUUAUCUGGGCCAGGUCAGCAAGGAGUACGCGUGCAGUGCCUGUAAAAAACUCUACCCGCAUCCGGAUCAACUUCAGAGGCACCUUCUGGACGUGCACGCGCAUCAUCUGUACCGUUGCGCUCUGUGCCGGGACACCUUCGACUCCAGAGUAGCGAUACAGGUGCACUUCGCGGUGAAGCACAGCCAGGAGUGUCGAGUCUACCGGUGUAGCACGUGCACCACCGUAUCCAACAAUGAGAACUCACCGCCGGGAGCGAACACAGCAGUUUCCGGCGAGGGUAGGAGCUUCUUCAGGAGUGAGGCUGAAUUGGCAGCUCAUGUGCGCAGCGUGCACGCACCUCCAUCCGCCGUCUCCCUGAUGAACAACAGCCCGGUCGGUGCCGCGAGGAGUCCAGCCUCGACGCCCGGUGGCGGCAUCGCGGCGCGUUGCUUCUUCUGCGGAAUCUGCUGCGGUUCGGAUCUCGAACUCCAGCUUCAUUUGGCCAGCCACUCGACCAGUCUCUACAGAUGUCCCAUCUGCCGUGAAGGUUUCGCCGUGGAAUUUCUCUUAGAUCGACACGUCGCCCAGGCUCACCACGCGGCCCAAGACCAUCAGAUGCCAUCCGUGAGAAGUAACUCGAGAGAGAAUGGGCGCGUUCAUCGAACGACCAGAAAUCAGGAAGAAACGAAGUCUCUGAAGAGAGGUCGCUCGCCAGCGUCGAGUAACAACAAUUCCCUGAAUCAGCGCGACAACAAUAACAAACGUGCAAAUUACGGCACUUCCGGUCAGCAAUGCGAGCUCUGCGAACGCGGCGAAUUCGCGAACGAGGCUGAGCUGCAGGCACAUAAGAAACUGGCUCACACACCUCCUAAACUGUCCAAUAAGAGUCUAGGCACCUUGAGUACCCUGACGUGCGGUUAUUGCGGCGAGGUUUGUCGUUCGCGAACCGAGUUAGAAUCGCAUACGAGGAUCCAACACGCGUCCAACGAACCCGGUGGACGUCACAAAUGCAACAUUUGCGACGAGGUGUGCCUGUCUAGUGCGACCUUGGCCGAACACAAACUCCAGAAACACUGUAAAAUACAAUUGAGCGACACGUGCGUGGUGUGUCGUGGUUGCCUGACCUCGGAGAGUCAAUUCCUGGAUCACGUGCAAAGACACAGUUUAGAGAACGUGGACCCGCAGCAACGACUGGACAAUUCUUUGCCUCAUCUACCCGCGCCGUGCGUCGUUUGCCGGCAGACGCUGAUCAGCGAACUGGAGUGUCGCCUGCAUGCGCGGCAUCAUUUACGAACGUCUUCAGGAUCGCGUAACGCCGCCGCUUCUAGUCCAACAAGUCCCGGUAGCGGCAAAACCCAGAACCAGGGUUGCUGUCUCUGUUUGCGCGAUUUUGCCGCUGAUGAUUUCGUCAGCCUACCACCUAAUCCUGCCAGUACGAGCGGACAACCGCUCAAGGUCUGCAAACCCUGCUACAUGCGACAUUCUCAGGGAUUGCCUAUUCUAAACUCAACAACCUACGAACGGGCCAAGUACGAUGCGACUUGGUUCGCCAGCAAGAACGGCCAAUGGAAUAGCUCCAAGGACAAGUGGGAUGACAGAGGACUCAAUGUAGAGAAUCGAACCAGAAACGAGGGAAGUACAGAUAAAAAACGCUGUGAAGAAUGCGGAGUGAAGUUCGAAGAUUCAGAAGAGGCAGAGAAGCACAGAAUCACAGAACAUGAAAAGACUAACACUAAUGGUUCGAAAACCUAUACAUGUAUACAGUGUCAGGUAUCAUUUCCAUCAGAAGCCAAAAUUCAACAACACGUGAGAAAAGAACAUCUGGAAUCUAGGAGAGCUUCCCUAGAAGCCUUACGAUGCCAUUUGUGCUCAUUUGAGGCCGCCAGUCCUACGCAAUUGCAAAUUCACUUAAUAGAGCAUACUUUCGUUGGCUGCGCUGCGCUCAGUUGUUAUCUCUGCCAAUCGCUCUUCACAACUCCUAUUGGUCUUCAGAAUCACUUGAUACAAGAACACGGCCUGGCCGCGCGACCGUACGAUUGUCCCAAGUGCACGCUCAAGUUCUUCUUCAACGCGGAGCUGGACCAUCACAUCUUGACCUUCCACCGUUCAAGGGACGAGAAUCAUCCUUCGUCGGCCGAAAAUGCUUGCGAGAUGAAGAAUCACGAAUCCGAUGGCGGUGUAAAAGUGAAGGAAGAAAUGAUACAAGGUGACAAGGAAGAGGGGGAGGAAGAGGAGGAAGUGAAUGUGGAUGAUCAGACAGGACAGGAGGAACACGAGGAAGCUAAACGAGAGGAACAGAAGUUGAAGACGGAAGUGGAUGUCGAGACGACAUCCAACAAAAUGGAAUCGUGACUUUCUUCGAUUAAUAUUACUUUUCGUUCCAAUCUAGGAUUACGUGAUUAUUGAGGAACUCGUUAGCCAAUUAUUAAGUUUUCUACCGCUUCUCUCAGCGGCGAAUAUUCUAUAUAUAUAUAUUUGCGAAAUAAAAGUUCGAUACACAUACACAUAUAUACAUAUACACAUACAGUAUUAAUUAGAAGUAUUAUCGAGAAAGAUUCGUAAUUAUUCCAGAUGGUUAGUUUUUUACAUAUUAAUAAUAAAACUUUAAUAUAUAAGAUUGCGCGAUGCCUUUCUCAGGUAGAAGGAUCGUUUCUAUCUUGUUUAUCCUCAAAUUCUUAUAUAUCAGUUUCAAAUUUGGAAAUCAAGUAUUCGUGUUUUCACGGCACAAUUUGUUAAGUUUGAUUCAUCUUAUUGAUUCGAUCUUAGGAUCUUAAUUAUAGGAAUAAAAUGUAGAAGUUCUUUUCUUUCCUUCAUCAAAACUUGACGAAGUAGAAGCUGCCUACUUUAUCAAAGUUUGCCCAAUUAUUAAAAUUGAAACAA